ACGUUUUUGUGGAGAGCCACCAGUCCCUAGACCACCACACCAUCCACAAACAAGGACACAAUCAUCGUUCUACACACAGGAAGAAAACAGCAGACAAAAUGGCAACGGACUCUCCACGCAGACCUAGUCGCUGUGCUGGAGGGGUUCUAGUGCGAGCACAAGCUGCUACGGAGCAGUCUUACAUGGAAAGUGUAGUGACGUUCCUGCAGGAUGUGGUCCCCCAGGCAUAUACUGGGGCUCCGCCCACUGAUGAAAAAGAGAAAAUCAUUUGGGUUCGAUUUGAGAAAGCAGACAUCAACGACACUGCCCGCAAUCCAGAGUUUAUGGAAAUGCACAGUGGUACAACGGACCCUCCUCUCUGCCUCAUGAUUGGCUACACUGACGGGAUGCAGAUCUGGAGCGUAUCUUUGGCAGGAGAAGCCCAAGAGCUGUUCUCAGUGCGCCAUGGUCCUGUACGAGCUGCUCACAUUCUGCCAGCCCCUCAUAUCAGUCCUCUGAAGACGGACAUUUUUGCCGACAAGAGGCCUUUGUUGGGGGUGUGCAAGAGCACAGGGUCUUCUGGGACAAGCCCUCCCUACUGUUGCGCUGACCUGUAUUCUCUACGGACAGGGGAAAUGGUCAAAUCAAUUCAGUUCAAGACGCCCAUCUAUGAUCUCCACUGCAACAAACAUAUUCUUGUUGUCAGCCUGCAAGAGAAGAUUGCAGCAUUUGACAGCUGCACCUUCACUAAGAAGUUCUUUGUUACAAGCUGUUAUCCCUGCCCUGGCCCCAGCCUAAAUCCAAUAGCUCUGGGAAGCCGCUGGCUAGCCUACGCUGAGAACAAGUUGAUCCGAUGUCACCAGUCCCGUGGCGGAGCUUGUGGCGACAAUGCACAGUCCUAUACAGCUACAGUGAUCAAUGCUGCUAAAACAUUAAAGACAGGUCUAACCAUGGUGGGUAAAGUUGUCACCCAGUUGGCAGGCACACUACCAGCAGGCACUCCUGACGAGGAGGGCACACCUCACAGCGCGAGCCGCCGCAGCCCCCACAACCCCGGCGUGGUCACCAUCAUUGACACAUACAAUGUUGGUGAAGGACAGGUCUUGGUAAGUGAGGACUCGGACGGGGAGGGAGUGGUGGCUCACUUCCCAGCUCAUGACAAACCCAUAUCCUGCAUGCAAUUCAACCCCAGUGGAAUGCUGCUGGUGACCGCGGACACUCUGGGCCACGAUUUUCACGUCUUCCAGAUUCUCACCCACCCAUGGGCGUCCUCACAGAGCGCUGUUCACCAUCUCUACACGCUGCAUCGUGGGGAAACUGAGGCCAAGGUCCAGGACAUGUGUUUCAGUCAGGACAGUCGCUGGGUGGCCAUCAGCACCCUCCGCGGCACUACCCAUGUAUUUCCCGUCAAUCCUUACGGUGGUGCACCCUGCGCUCGCACACACAUGUCCCCGCGGGUGGUCAACCGGAUGUCUCGCUUCCAAAAGAGUGCGGGCCUGGAGGAGAUUGAACAGGAGCUGAACAGGGUGGCUGCGUUAGGAGGAGGAGCAGGAGGAGGGGGCAUAGCAGGAGGAGGCUGCAUCCUGGGAGGAGGAGGAGGCAUUGGGGGCCGCUGUAGCCCCAUUCCUGGCCUGUCCAGCAGUCCAUCGGGGUCUCCAUUACACGCCAAGCUGAGCAGCCAGGAUUCAUACAACAACUUCACCAAUAACAACAUGGGGAACCCGCGGCUGACCCCACUGCCCACCCUCACUGUGGUGCUGCCUUUGGCUCAGAUCAAACAGCCUAUGACGCUGGGCACCAUCACCAAACGCACAGGCAAAGCUAAGCCACCCCCUCAGAUCUCCCCAAGCAAGUCCAGCGGAGGAGAGUUUUGUGUGGCUGCCAUCUUUGCCUCGUCUCGCUCCUGGUUCAUCACCAACCCAAACAUGAAAAGGGACAAAGAUCAGUCUAGGCAGUCAGUUGUUGACUCGCUGUACAUCCUCAGUUGCUAUGGUAACUUGGUGGAGCAUGUCCUGGAACCUCGGCCAAUUAGCACUGCUCAAAAGAUUAGUGAUGACACACCUUUGGAGCUCAGCACCUGUCCAAGGGCCUGCUGGACUCUAGCCAGGACUCCACAGUGGAAUGAGCUGCAGCCGCCCUUCAACUCCAACCACCCCCUGGUGUUGGCCUCAGACCUGGUGCAGUACUAUCAGUAUCUUUGGGCUGCGAUGCCCCCAGGAAGCCCAGGCCCAAUCACCCGUCACGAGUCGUCGGACAGCCUGGCGUCGGACCACAGUGGUCAGGAGGAUGAGGAGUGGCUCUCUCAGGUGGAGAUUGUGACCCAUACAGGGCCCCACAGGCGCCUGUGGAUGGGGCCCCAGUUUCAAUUUAAGACUAUUCACCCUUCAGGCCAGACCACAGUCAUCUCCUCCUCCUCCUCAGUCCUUCAGUCCCAGGGCCCAACUGAUGUCCAGCAGCCCCUGUUGGACUUUGACACAGACGACCUGGACUUGCACAGCCUGAGGAUCCAGCCAGUCCGUUCAGACCCAGUCAGCAUGCCUGGUUCAUCACGUCUGGUGGCUGAUCGCAGAGGACAGUCCAACAUCAUGGACACAGGAUCAGGUGAGUGCCACACUGCCACACAGUGCUCUGUGUCUGUCAUGCUCUCACUCUGUGGCCCUCCUCAGUUUCGGUGUCAGGCCCUCCACACUCCCACCAAGGGCCCCUCCAUUCUUCCUUGACACCCUGUCAUUAUUUUAAUCAAAUGCAAUUACCAGCACUCUGAGGACAAUUGAGUUCUGUUGACUGUCCUUUUUCUGUUACCCCUUGCCCC